CUUUAUAUUUCGUCAAAACUAUCUCAGGAAGUAAAAAAUAUGUUCAUGGAAAUGCUGCUUAUAGGACUAACAAUAAUGAAGAAGAAUUCAGAGAAUUAACCUACAAAAGGUUUAUUGCAAGCCAGAAAUCCUUAAUUACCGAAUUGGAGAAAAAUUUUAUAGUCUUAAUAGUUGGCCGUUAUAUACUUGAAGAUACAGAAUACCUAACCUUAAUACAAACCAUCCCAAUCUCUAUCUCUGACAAAAUCAAACUUACCUCGGAUAACCUUUCUCACGGCCCACUGUUAUUGUUCUAUUCUGCUCCUGUUGUUUCCAAUUCCUACUUCUUAGACAACGAACAUGGUAUAGAAAGUCUUUUGCUUUCUAGAAAACUUUACAAUGGUGUCAAUAGUCACAAAAAUGUAGAAUCUCAACUUCCAACAUCGAAUAGAAUUAUACUGGCAAUGAACCCUCUACUGAAAGCUCAAACAAAGGAAAAUGCCGUAGCACAAAUCAAAAAUACUAAACCAAUAGUACAAGAUAAUACUAACGAUACUGAUACUUUACCCCAAGAUAAUAUUAAUAAUGAUAAUACUUUGCUCCAAGAUAACUCCAACAGUACCAUUCAACCAACUCUUAUUGAAUAA